AUGCUGCUGUUGUUGUCACUUUUAGUGGCUGUAACCACAGCUGCACCACCAAACUUCUCGUGUCGAGACCAAAACAACGAAGAAGUUGACUGGUUUAUAUUUUACAAAAUUGGCCGACUUAAGAAUCUUGCAAAUCAGAAUCCACAUUUGGUAAAUGGUACAGCUUUCCUGUAUAUGGAUGCUAACAAUAAGGAGUGGAGUUUCUCAUCUGUCGGUGCAGAAUCUGCGAAUCAAGCCAUCGGUUACACUCUAACGCAGUAUUACAAAAAUAUAGAUGACCCAGACGUAACAAGUGUAUUUUGGAAUGAUCAAUUGCCUGGAAAUAAAACUUGGUCACGUUUUCACGGUCAUAGUAAAGGUCUACUAGCGUUUGGUGAAAGUCAGGGAUUCUGGAUAACUCACAGUAUUCCAAGAUUUCCAUUUAGUGACAGAUAUGAGUAUCCAUCAAAUGGUCAUGCCUAUGGUCAAAUGGGUAUCUGUAUUUCGCUAGCUAUUACAGCUCUUCCAGACCUUGCUAAUCAGCUAUAUUAUAUUCGGCCGUACAUCUACGCAUCAUCAGUUCCGACAGCUGUUGCUGCAGACGUUCCACUGUUGGCAGAGGUGCUUGCUGGCCAGUACAAAACUACUUCACCGUUUGAAAGUCUUGUUUCUUUAAAAAGUCGGGGAGGCCAACAAUUUUACAGUUUUGCAAAGGCUGGAGGUUUUGGAAAAGAUCUGUACUUCGACUUGGUUGCUCCAACUUUAAAGGUUUCACUUAAAACAGAAACUUGGCAACACGGGUCUUCCUCAAAUCCAAAUUUGAACUCGUGGUGUAAGCUACCAAACAAAUAUUAUGUUUUCAAUGUUAAAGAAAUUUCGCUUCCAUUUGACAUUGAAUUCAGUAAUUAUCAUGAUCAUUCUAAAUUUGCUGUUUCAACUGAUGUUAAUGGCGGAAAAAAUGAUGCUUGGGUAUGUAUCGGUGACAUCAACAGACAGGAACAUCAGUUAGUCCGUGGCGGAUCAACGAUGUGCAUUAACGAUGCUAAAGUUUAUGAAGCAUUCUUUGCUGCUGUUGCCGAUUACUACGAGUGUGAAAAUGGUGAAUGA